UAUUCACUGUCAUGACUAGAAAAAAAGUAAAACUCUCAUUCAUCGCCAAUGAUUCUGCAAGGAAGGCAACAUACAAAAAAAGGAAAAAGUCAUUGUUGAAGAAGGUUGAGGAACUUAGCACUCUAUGUGGCAUUGAAGCAUGUGCUAUAGUUUAUAGCCCCGAUGAUCCUCUACCACAGGUUUGGCCUUCUGAUAACGGUGUUGAAAGGGUGGUGGAAAGAUUCAGGAUUAUGCCUGAGUUGGAGCAAAGCAAGAAGAUGGCGAACCAAGAGAGUUUCAUUGGACAAAGGAUCUUGAAGAGUAAGGACCAAGUAAUGAAACUUAUGAAGGACAAUAGGGAGAAGGAGAUGACCAUGUUCAUGUUUCGUUGUCUUAAUGUAGGGAGGGUUCUUCCUGAUAAUAACAUGACUACUAGUGAUUUAAGUGAUCUUUCAUCGAUGAUCGAACAAAACUUGAGGGACAUUAAUAAAAGGUUGGAAACUCUAAGUGCUAAUGAGAUGACAACAAACCAACCUCAGGUGCAAACUCCAGCAUUGGCUGUACCAAAGACUAAAGAAACAACAUUGGUGAAUUCUGGCUAUGGGUUGGAUAUGAAUGCUAACCCCGUGCCAAGGCAAAUGUUUAUGGACUUGCUUAAUGGCAAUGGAAAUCAGGCAAUAAUGCCUCAUUUUGGAGAUGCUGAUCUUCAACUUCAAACUAGUUUUUGGCCUAACCUAUUACCUUGAAAGAUGUUUGUGCUUGUUAUCAUCCCU